AUGUCUCGGCUCGGCGCCGAGGCACAGAGCCGCUGCGAGGCAGCAGCGGCAACGCGCGGCGGCGGAGGCACCAUCGCCGGGCAGUCUCGGGGUGGCGUGAAGGGCCACUCGAGCUCUGCCGGCGGUGCGGUCGCCACGCACGGGCACGCGACGCGAGGAGGCGUCGCCGAGGGCGUCGACGAGGCGCUCGACGAGGCGCGGCCGCGGACCGUGUCCUCUCGAUGCCGCGGAGGCGCCGCUGCAGGCGGCGGCGGCGAGAGCGAGGUCAGCAGGCAGAGCGGCUGUGGCGGUGAGGGCCAUGCGGGCUCUGCUGCCGGCUCGCUCGCCUCUCUCGAGGACGCGACGGCCGGGACAGCCGUCGCUGCAGCCGGCGGCACCGCGCCGCCGGACGAGCCGCGUCCGUGGACAGCGGCGAGCACCCGCUGCUGGGCGAGAGCAGCGGCGCAAGUCGGCGUCGAUGGCGCCGUCGCCGCAAAGCGUGAUCGAGAUCGCUUUGGCGGAGGCGCGAGCGACGCGGUGCACGACGAGGGGGCGGGCCUCGUCUCAGUGGGCGGUGGCGGGCCGCCUGGCAUGUCUCGGCUCGGCGCCGAGGCACAGAGCCGCUGCGAGGCAGCGGCGGCAACGCGCGGCGGCGGAGGCACCAUCGCCGGGCAGUCUCGGGGUGGCGUGGAGGGCCGCUCAAGCUCUGCCGGCGGUGCGGCCGCCACGCACGGGCACGCGACGCGAGGAGGCGUCGCCGAGGGCGUCGACGAGGCGCUCGACGAGGCGCGGCCGCGGGCCGGGUCCUCUCGGAGCCGCGGAGGCGCCGCUGCAGGCGGCGGCGGCGAGAGCGAGGUCAGCAGGCAGAGCGGCUGUGGCGGUGAGGGCCAUGCGGGCUCUGCUGCCGGAUCGCUCGCCUCUCUCGAGGACGCGACGGCCGGGACAGCCGUCGCUGUAGCCGGCGGCACCGCGCCGCCUGACGAGCCGCGUCCGUGGACAGCGGCGAGCACCCGCUGCUGGGCGAGAGCAGCGGCGCAAGUUGGCGUCGAUGGCGCCGUCGCCACAAAGCGUGAUCGAGAUCGUUUUGGCGGAGGCGCGAGCGACGCGGUGCACGACGAGGGGACGGGCCUCGUCUCGGUGGGCGGCGGCGGGCCGCCUGGCAUGUCUCGGCUCGGCGCCGAGGCACAGAGCCGCUGCGAGGCAGCGGCGGCAACGCGCGGCGGCGGAGGCACCAUCGCCGGGCAGUCUCGGGGUGGCGUGGAGGGCCACUCGAGCUCUGCCGGCGGUGCGGCCGCCACGCACGGGCACGCGACGCGAGGAGGCGUCGCCGAGGGCGUCGACGAGGCGCUAGGCGAGGCGCGGCCGCGGACCGUGUCCUCUCGAUGCCGCGGAGGCGCCGCUGCAGGCGGCGGCGGCGAGAGCGAGGUCAGCAGGCAGAGCGGCUGUGGCGGUGAGGGCCAUGCGGGCUCUGCUGCCGGCUCGCUCGCUUCUCUCGAGGACGCGACGGCCGGGACAGCCGUCGCUGCAGCCGGCGGCACCGCGCCGCCGGACGAGCCGCGUCCGUGGACAGCGGCGAGCACCCGCUGCUGGGCGAGAGCAGCGGCGCAAGUCGGCGUCGAUGGCGCCGUCGCCACAAAGCGUGAUCGAGAUCGCUUUGGCGGAGGCGCGAGCGACGCGGUGCACGACGAGGGGACGGGCCUCGUCUCGGUGGGCGGCGGCGGGCCGCCGAGCAUGUCUCGGCUCGGCGCCGAGGCACAGAGCCGCUGCGAGGCAGCGGCGGCAACGCGCGGCGGCGGAGGCACCAUCGCCGGGCAGUCUCGGGGUGGCGUGAAGGGCCACUCGAGCUCUGCCGGCGGUGCGGUCGCCACGCACGGGCACGCGACGCGAGGAGGCGUCGCCGAGGGCGUCGACGAGGCGCUCGACGAGGCGCGGCCGCGGACCGUGUCCUCUCGAUGCCGCGGAGGCGCCGCUGCAGGCGGCGGCGGCGAGAGCGAGGUCAGCAGGCAGAGCGGCUGUGGCGGUGAGGGCCAUGCGGGCUCUGCUGCCGGCUCGCUCGCUUCUCUCGAGGACGCGACGGCCGGGACAGCCGUCGCUGCAGCCGGCGGCACCGCGCCGCCGGACGAGCCGCGUCCGUGGACAGCGGCGAGCACCCGCUGCUGGGCGAGAGCAGCGGCGCAAGUCGGCGUCGAUGGAGCCGUCGCCGCAAAGCGUGCUCGAGAUCGCUUUGACGGAGGCGCGAGCGACGCGGUGCAUGACGAGGGAACGGGCCUCGUCUCAGUGGGCGGCGGCGGGCCGCCUGGCAUGUCUCGGCUCGGCGCCGAGGCACAGAGCCGCUGCGAGGCAGCGGCGGCAACGCGCGGCGGCGGAGGCACCAUCGCCGGGCAGUCUCGGGGUGGCGUGGAGGGCCACUCGAGCUCUGCCGGCGGUGCGGCCGCCACGCACGGGCACGCGACGCGAGGAGGCGUCGCCGAGGGCGUCGACGAGGCGCUCGACGAGGCGCGGCCGCGGACCGGGUCCUCUCGGAGCCGCGGAGGCGCCGCUGCAGGCGGCGGCGGCGAGAGCGAGGUCAGCAGGCAGAGCGGCUGUGGCGGUGAGGGCCAUGCGGGCUCUGCUGCCGGCUCGCUCGCCUCUCUCGAGGACGCGACGGCCGGGACAGCCGUCGCUGCAGCCGGCGGCACCGCGCCGCCGGACGAGCCGCGUCCGUGGACAGCGGCGAGCACCCGCUGCUGGGCGAGAGCAGCGGCUCAAGUCGGCGUCGAUGGCGCCGUCGCCGCAAAGCGUGAUCGAGAUCGCUUUGGCGGAGGCGCGAGCGACGCAGUGCACGACGAGGGGAGGGGCCUCGUCUCGGUGGGCGGCGGCGGGCCGCCUGGCAUGUCUCGGCUCGGCGCCGAGGCACAGAGCCGCUGCGAGGCAGCAGCGGCAACGCGCGGCGGCGGAGGCACCAUCGCCGGGCAGUCUCGGGGUGGCGUGGAGGACCGCUCAAGCUCUGCCGGCGGUGCGGUCGCCACGCACGGGCACGCGACGCGAGGAGGCGUCGCCGAGGGCGUCGACGAGGCGCUCGACGAGGCGCGGCCGCGGGCCGGGUCCUCUCGGAGCCGCGGAGGCGCCGCUGCAGGCGGCGGCGGCGAGAGCGAGGUCAGCAGGCAGAGCGGCUGUGGCGGUGAGGGCCAUGCGGGCUCUGCUGCCGGCUCGCUCGCCUCUCUCGAGGACGCGACGGCCGGGACAGCCGUCGCUGCAGCCGGCGGCACCGCGCCGCCGGACGAGCCGCGUCCGUGGACAGCGGCGAGCACCCGCUGCUGGGCGAGAGCAGCGGCUCAAGUUGGCGUCGAUGGCGCCGUCGCCGCAAAGCGUGAUCGAGAUCGCUUUGGCAGAGGCGCGAGCGACGCAGUGCACGACGAGGGGAGGGGCCUCGUCUCGGUGGGCGGCGGCGGGCCGCCUGGCAUGUCUCGGCUCGGCGCCGAGGCACAGAGCCGCUGCGAGGCAGCGGCGGCAACGCGCGGCGGCGGAGGCACCAUCGCCGGGCAGUCUCGGGGUGGCGUGGAGGGCCACUCGAGCUCUGCCGGCGGUGCGGCCGCCACGCACGGGCACGCGACGCGAGGAGGCGUCGCCGAGGGCGUCGACGAGGCGCUAGGCGAGGCGCGGCCGCGGACCGUGUCCUCUCGAUGCCGCGGAGGCGCCGCUGCAGGCGGCGGCGGCGAGAGCGAGGUCAGCAGGCAGAGCGGGUGUGGCGGUGAGGGCCAUGCGGGCUCUGCUGCCGGCUCGCUCGCUUCUCUCGAGGACGCGACGGCCGGGACAGCCGUCGCUGCAGCCGGCGGCACCGCGCCGCCGGACGAGCCGCGUCCGUGGACAGCGGCGAGCACCCGCUGCUGGGCGAGAGCAGCGGCUCAAGUCGGCGUCGAUCGCGCCGUCGCCGCAAAGCGUGAUCGAGAUCGCUUUGGCAGAGGCGCGAGCGACGCAGUGCACGACGAGGGGAGGGGCCUCGUCUCGGUGGGCGGUGGCGGGCCGCCUGGCAUGUCUCGGCUCGGCGCCGAGGCACAGAGCCGCUGCGAGGCAGCGGCGGCAACGCGCGGCGGCGGAGGCACCAUCGCCGGGCAGUCUCGGGGUGGCGUGGAGGACCGCUCAAGCUCUGCCGGCGGUGCGGUCGCCACGCACGGGCAUGCGACGCGAGGAGGCGUCGCCGAGGGCGUCAACGAGGCGCUCGACGAGGCGCGGCCGCGGGCCGGGUCCUCUCGAUGCCGCGGAGGCGCCGCUGCAGGCGGCGGCGGCGAGAGCGAGGUUAGCAGGCAGAGCGGCUGUGGCGGUGAGGGCCAUGCGGGCUCUGCUGCCGGCUCGCUCGCUUCUCUCGAGGACGCGACGGCCGGGACAGCCGUCGCUGCAGCCGGCGGCACCGCGCCGCCGGACGAGCCGCGUCCGUGGACAGCGGCGAGCACCCGCUGCUGGGCGAGAGCAGCGGCUCAAGUUGGCGUCGACGUGCUCGCUCAGGUGUCUUUGACAUUUGACUUCGAUGUCUGGUGGGGGACGAUUUAUGUCUGGGCCGAGAAGGUCGAGUACAGACGCAGACUCAAGAAAACGAGAGCGGAGGCCGCCGCCCUCGCGGUGCCUGACGCUGCUCCUGCGGCUCUCGUUCCCGUCCCGAUUCCGUCUACCGUCCCUCGGCCACGGGCCCUCGGCCAGCACGGCAGGGGCCACCUGCUCGUCGCGAGGCAGCCGAGCUUGGCACUUCCGCCGCCCCUCGCCGCUCUUCCACCUACAAUUGCUCCUCGCCUCGUCGCUCCGAUCCCGCCUUUGGCGCCGACCGCGAGCCGGUACGGCGGCCUCGCCCUGCGCGACAUCGCCUUUGGCAGCAGCCAGGGUCGCCUCGGCAAGGGCGGCCAAGGCACCGUUAGGCUUGGCCGCCACUACGGUGGUCGUCUCGCGGUGAAGCAGCCGCUGCGCGCGAGCAGCGCCUUUGCCUCCGAGUGUCAGAUCGCGGCAGCACUACACCAUGAGAACAUCAUCUAUGUGAUGGGCUUUGCAUGCGCCCCGCGCGAGACGCCGUUCCUCGCUCUCGACUAUGCCGACGCAGGGACUCUGGGAGAUUUGUUGAUCGGGGAUCAGAGGGGCGAGAGCCGCUCCCUCGGCGUGCAGAUUGCAAGAGCAAUGUCGUACCUGCACACGCGAUCUCCCCCCAUCGUGCACCUUGACCUCAAGCCAUCGAACGUGCUGCUGUCGGCGCGCUCUGAGGGGCUUGUCGCUAAGCUGUGUGACUUUGGGCAGGCGAGGCGACUAGCCGUUGGGGCGCAGCUCUCGCACUCAGGCACGCCGGGUUGGCGGGCGCCCGAGCAGGUGCGGGUGGCCCGCGACUUUGCAGUCGUGCCGCUUUCGCGUGGCACCGACGCCUGGUCGCUAGGGUGUGUCCUGGCUGCGCUCGAGGCGCCGUCGGGCGUCUGCGACCCGUACCACUUCGCCACGGGCGACGCGCCAGGCAAGUGCGACUCGCGCCUCCGACACGAGCUCGACGCAAUCGUCGCGAACGGCUUCACCCGCCCCCGGUACGGCGGCCUCGCCCUGCGCGACAUCGCCUUUGGCAGCAGCCAGGGUCGCCUCGGCAAGGGCGGCCAAGGCACCGUUAGGCUUGGCCGCCACUACGGUGGUCGUCUCGCGGUGAAGCAGCCGCUGCGCGCGAGCAGCGCCUUUGCCUCCGAGUGUCAGAUCGCGGCAGCACUACACCAUGAGAACAUCAUCUAUGUGAUGGGCUUUGCAUGCGCCCCGCGCGAGACGCCGUUCCUCGCUCUCGACUAUGCCGACGCAGGGACUCUGGGAGAUUUGUUGAUCGGGGAUCAGAGGGGCGAGAGCCGCUCCCUCGGCGUGCAGAUUGCAAGAGCAAUGUCGUACCUGCACACGCGAUCUCCCCCCAUCGUGCACCUUGACCUCAAGCCAUCGAACGUGCUGCUGUCGGCGCGCUCUGAGGGGCUUGUCGCUAAGCUGUGUGACUUUGGGCAGGCGAGGCGACUAGCCGUUGGGGCGCAGCUCUCGCACUCAGGCACGCCGGGUUGGCGGGCGCCCGAGCAGGUGCGGGUGGCCCGCGACUUCGCAGUCGUGCCGCUUUCGCGUGGCACCGACGCCUGGUCGCUAGGGUGUGUCCUGGCUGCGCUCGAGGCGCCGUCGGGCGUCUGCGACCCGUACCACUUCGCCACGGGCGACGCGCCAGGCAAGUGCGACUCGCGCCUCCGACACGAGCUCGACGCAAUCGUCGCGAACGGCUUCACCCGCCCGUGUGUGCCCGAUGAAAGCCCGCUUGCAGGUGUGGUCAGCGCGUGUACGCACGCCCUGCCUAGCGAGCGAGCGACGUGCGCGUGGGUGCGCGCCGAGCUCGAGCAGCUUCUGCUGCAGCCGUGA